GCCUGCUCUGAUCUGUUCCUCUCAACAGGCGCCAUCACCACCGCCUGCCCUCGCUACACCCUCUUCCUUUCUUCUUCCAAAUCACCUCUCUCUCUCAAAAGCGUGUGGCAGCCGGCCUGUGAGUCUGUGUCUGUGACCGGCUGACUCUGCCAGCCGCACGCACGCCCUCGCGCUUGGAGCGUUGCGAGGAUCGGCUCACAGGUCACAGCUCAGUCUCAGAUCGGCCACCGGCCGGCCGGGCACCGGACCACAGCUGUCUGCUGCCUGCUCCGCUUGCCGCCAUUGCUGGCCAGCGCGAGCGAGCUGCCGGGACCGCACGGAGGUAGCGUCUACGGGGCAGCACCGCGCGUCGUGGUUCGCGCUCUUGAAGCUGGAUCUGGACCGACGGUCGAUCGAGCGAGUGCAGCUGCCUGCGAGCUCUUCUCCCGCCGCGAUAUGGGCGCCGUGAGCUGCCGGAGGCGGACGAGCCGGCGCCGCUGCCACGCCGCCGCCCUCCUCGCCGCCGCAAUCUUCGCCGCGGCCUUGGUUGUGGCGGCAGGGCGGCGGCCCAUCCGUCUGCCAGCAGCGGCGCUGGCGAGGAGGCGAGUAGACUCGUCGACGGCAAUUGCCGCCGCCGCCGACGAAGUCCUCCCAGCCGCCCGGCGGCGGUGGCUGCUGGCGGGGCCGGGGUCGUCGCCGCCGACGUGCCGCGCGAGGUGCGGGCGGUGCGCGCCGUGCCGCGCCACCCGCGUGGCCAUCCAGCCCGGCGUCGGCCCCCAGUGGGAGUACUACCCGGAGGUGUGGCGCUGCAAGUGCGGCAACAAGCUCUUCAUGCCAUGACCAGUACGUGAUCACCAACGGCGGAGGGGCUGUCGGGCCGGCAUGCAGGCGCGCGCGUGGUCUUCCUUUUGUACUACAAGACGACGAUGGAUUGAUCGAGACGACGGCGACCACUCGAUGGAUCGAUCGAUGCGUUAAUUUAAUUUUGCGAGACUUAAGUGUACGUACGUACCUACCUGCGUGCGUACAAAUUGAAAGGGGAGGACGGAUUUUGGAUGCUACUAAGAAAGAAGCUAGGGGAUUGCAUUGGUGAGGUGAUUAGGCGUGCGUAAGUGGUGGUGCUGUGUCUGUGAUCUGUGUAUAUAUAUGCAAAUCAGUAGAUCUUAUGUUAAC